UUUAUGGAUAUUCUCCAGCUUCACUGUGAAUAAAUCGACGUCAACAACAUGUAUUCUGUACGGAAAAGAAGAAAACCGGCCCAGAAGGGAACCAAACCGGCCCCAGCUGAAAGUGCCAAGUCCAACCCAUCCAAACGGCACCGGGACCGCCUGAACUCGGAGUUGGACCGCCUGGCCAGCCUGCUGCCCUUCCCCCAGGACGUCGUCUCCAGCCUGGACAAACUGUCCAUCCUCAGGCUCAGCGUCAGCUUCCUGCGCACCAAGAACUUCUUCUCUGUGACUCUGAAGAACCAGCUGAAGAAGAGUAGUGAUGAAGGCAGAGCGUCUGAUGGGCACAUACCGGAGGGGGAGCUGCUGCUGCAGGCCCUGAAUGGCUUCGUGAUGGUGGUGACAGCGGACGGAACCGUCUUCUUCUGCUCUCACACCAUCCACGAUUACCUCGGCUUCCAUCAGACUGACGUGAUGCACCAGAGUGUGUUUGAGCUGAUCCACACUGAAGACCAGGAGGAGUUCAGGAGCAACCUGCACUGGGCCCUCAACCCCCCCAACAGCCUCGGCCCCCCCACAGACCCCUCAGCAGAUGGCGAGUCGGGAUCCUCCUCUUCCUGUCUGGUGAGCUACACCCCCGAGCAGCUUCCCCCUGAAAACUCCUCGUUCCUGGAGAGAGGAUUUGUCGUCCGCUUCCGCUGUUUGUUGGACAACUCCUCCGGAUUCCUGGCGUUGAACAUCCAGGGUCGCCUGAAGUUCCUCCACGGUCAGAGCGGGACGCAGAGCCACGGCGAGGGCAGCACCCCCCCUCAGCUCGCCCUGUUUGCCAUCGCCACGCCCCUCCAGUCCCCCGCCAUCCUGGAGAUCAGGACCAGGAACAUGAUCUUCAGGACCAAACACAAGCUGGACUUUACUCCCAUGGCCUGUGACGCCAAGGGUAAAAUAGUCCUGGGCUACACCGAGGCGGAGCUGAGAGCUCGAGGUUCUGGUUAUCAGUUCAUUCACGCUGCGGACAUGCUGUACUGCGCCGAAAACCACGUCAGGAUGAUGAAGACGGGCGAGAGCGGCCUCACCGUCUUCAGGCUGCUCACCAAGGAGAACCGCUGGAAGUGGGUGCAGGCCAACGCCCGGCUCGUGUACAAGAGCGGGAAGCCGGACUACAUCAUCGCCACGCAGAGGCCCCUGGUGGAGGAGGAAGGCGGGGAGCACCUGAGGAAGCGCUCCAUGCACCUGCCCUUCACCUUCGCCACGGGAGAGGCGAUGCUCUACCAGACGGGAUACCCGCUGCACGGCUUCCCCGACGCCUUCCAGGGCAAAUCCAGAGGCAGCAAGUCAAAGAAGGGUAAGCUGGACAAGAGCUCCUCCGAGGACCAGGACCCUAAGGGGCUGCUGGGAGCUCUGAUGAGCCAGGACACGUCGGUGUACGUGUGCCAGCCGGACCCCGAGCCCAGGAUGUCGUGCCACAGCGGGCUUUUCAGCGAGCAGCAGGACGGGGAGGAUUUUGGAGGCUUGAUGGGGGGAGACAGCUGGAGCCUCACCUCUAACGUGGAGAUGGGGGGAGGAACCACUUUAGGAUACGACCCGCUGCUGGCCACUCUGGACUCUCUGUCUAUAGACGGGGAGGAAACGUGCUCCAACAGCGAGCUCUUCAGCGCGUUGGAGAACCUGGGCCUGAACGCCGAGGACCUGGAGCUGCUGCUGCUGGACGAGAGGAUGAUGCAGGUGGAGCUGGGCCCCCACCACGUCCCCUCGCUCAGUGACCUCCUCUCCAACAACGAGAUCCUCUCCUACAUCCACGACUCUCUGGAGAGCGGCACAGAAGGAGACUCCGCUCAGCCAGGCUCCCAGCAGGCGGCGCUCCCACCAGCAGCUCCACCCAUCAUGCAUCUGUCGCAGCAGAUGCAGCAGCACAUCAGUGCAGGCGAGCUGGGGAAAGCUGCUCAGAUCACAGCGGACAGCAAGACUUUAACUAACGGGCACUGGAACCACCAUCACCACCACACUGCGCCCAAAGCCUUGCAUCUAAACGGUGGACAUAAACAUCAGCCGGACUCCAGUCAGCAGUGGCAGCUCCAGCAGCCCUCGCUCCACCUCCACUUCCAGAAUCAGCUCCCAACAAACGGAUCUUACAUCACAAACGGACACUCUGCCUUCCCUCCCAACGUGGAGGCGGGAUACAACGGCGUCUCGGCGCUGAAUGGCGUCUCCUCUGCGGACGUCUGUCACUACCAGAGUUUGAUGACUCAGCAAAAACACCAGCAGCCAUGUUUGUCCCAGUGUCCGGCGCAGAGCUCCACCCUGGAGCUGGAGCAGCUGCUGGGUCUGUCCCCCCCGCAGCACAGCCUGCAGACGUUAGAGGCCUACAGCAUGUUCAACGGCAGCACACAGGACUCCACACACAGCAAGCUGGAGAACGGUUGCCUCCUCGCCGCCACCAACGCAGCGUACAUCCGGACGUGUCUGAUGCCCAACGGAAACGGAGUGACGACACGCGACCUCCCCGAGCCGCUGCCCGCGCUGCCGGACCCUCUGAAGUCUGGAUUCUUCCUCUGAAAGGAUGAGGAAGAGUAACUGAGGGUGUGAAGAAGGAAAGGAAGGUACACAAGCAAAGACAGACCAACUCUUUUUGAUUUAACAUUAAAAGAGGGAAGGGAAAAAGGACUUCAUAUCUGGUUUCUGCCUUGGAACCGAUAAGGCCACUGAAGGAAGAUGUUUUUAUAUCCGUCACACUGCGUAUUCAUAUAUUGGUAGUCGUGCGAUCACUGAGUUUAAUUUUCAUGUUUGGAAAAGAUUUGUGUUCUUGUAGCCAAAACUCAUUGCUGUCUGAUCUGUAUAUACACACUAGUAAAGUCCGGAAGAGAAGAGUACGAAAAGCAACCUACCCAGAUUAAUAACAUAAUAAUUAUAAUAAAUAUAAUUAAUAUAAAUGUCCCUUAUAUCUUGCUGUAGAAGAUAGACUUCAGCGAGGUGGGUAACUUCAUUAAACUGGUCUCUAUGUUAUAUUAAAAAUAACUGCAGUUAACAGGCUACUAAAAAAACACCAAUGGAGAUUUUAUAACAUUUUCAUUUGUGUGUGCAAAUAAGACUUUAACUUAUGCUACGAUACAUGAUAUACCGGUAAAUGAAGAAGCUGCUGCACACUUUCUUUCCUCGUACGCGGAUGUUAAUCAUAUAGACAGAGAGAUUUGGACUGAAUACCAACAGAUAUUAAAUGUGUGUUAGUAGAUGUACAUUAGAUGUAGGUGAGUAGAUGUCCUGGUGCUUCAACUAAACAGCAUUUCAUUCUUAUAUAUUGUUGAUGAGAUUCAAACGGAUGGUGAAAAUCAGAGCGUUUUAUUGGUUUCUCCUGAAGCUGCAUUGAGCCGCCUCGAGGUCGACACGAUGUUGUGCACUUACCUGUAUAUUAGAGACUUUAUCAGAGGGUCUGAUUUGUCCGUCAGCAGGUCUGAAAUCAAAGCAUUUUUGUUUCCUGAGCAGAGACAGUGUGAAAUGUCCCAUAAUGCCUUGUGUCACUUCCUCCUCCUGCAGAGUGCACUUACAGCACACAGUCAUCCAUUAGGAAAUCAGUGUAAAUAAUAGAUUACAACAAGAGAAGGCCGGAGAGGAAGUGCAGGGAAGUAUUUCUCAAGUUUUCCCGCCAUCCCAGACGAUUCAGAGGGUACAUACAUGCACUUCAAUGUUUUUCAUUUCAUAUCUGGCUAUUAUAUGUGUGGGGAUUUAAAGUAAGAGACUCAAACCAAACUAAGCUGUUCAGACAUUAUACAUUUCUGCUUCAUGCAGGGUUUGAAAUGUCCUUCUUUAUUCGUACUGUAAUUAAUAACAAACCAGAUAAGAUAACAAAAUCAAGAAUCAUAACCACGUCCAUCAGUGGGAAAUGCUGCGUUCAUGUCACGUCAGAUUCGCACUGGAUAAAUCUAUUAGUUAAUAUAUCAAUAACGAUAAAUAUCCUGAUAUAUAUAUAUAUUUAUAUUUAGCUGGUUACUUAAAUAAAAAUGACUAAUGAAAGGUAUUUUCUCAAUUAAAGAACUUGAGUGCAAAAUGGACAUGCAAUAAAGGCCUAGAUCAAUCACGAAAGGAACAAUAUAGGAAAAUAAAAACUCAUUUGUAUCGGUUUUACGAAAUAUAUUGUCAUAUCAGCCAGCCUUAAGUCCGAUGUACUGUAAGUAACAUAAACGGCUUCUUAAAGGUAGGGUAGGUAAGAAUGGAGAAACCAGCUUGUUGAGUGCGCUAGAAUUUGAAAGUAUACAACCGGAAAAUAUCUGCCACUUCCAUCAGACUUCCUUACAGAGCCCCUCCUCCAACGGACGCGCACAUGACCAAUGAGGGCACGAGAUAAGUUUGUGCACGA